AUGGCAUAUUUUAGCUCUCUAGCUUGCAUUAUCUUAUAUAGUAAUCUGUUUUUAUCGCCAAACAUUGCUUUUACUUCUGCUACUUCUUCUCUUGAAGCAGAGGCUCUUCUCAAAUGGAAAGCUAGCUUCCAAAAUCAAACCAAGAAUAAUCUGACCUCAUGGGGUUACAAUCCAAAAGCAAAUGCAAGCCCAUGCAAUAUUUGGACUGGUAUUUCAUGCAACGCUGCUGGAAUUGUCAACAGGAUCAACCUCACCAAUUCCGGGAUUCAAGGUACACUAUAUGAAUUUACAUUCUUGUCCUUUCCUAAUCUUGAAUAUGUUGACCUCAGCUUGAAUCAACUCUUUGGUGCCAUCCCACCUCAGAUCACUUCCCUCUCCAAACUCAUCUAUCUUGACCUUUCUUAUAAUCAGUUUUCUGGAAAAAUCCCACCAGAAAUUGGUCUUCUAAAUAAUCUUCAACUCCUGCACCUAAAUGAGAACCAAUUAAAUGGCUCAAUCCCUCGAGAAAUCGGUCAGCUAAAGUUUCUUAAUGAGCUUGCUCUGCAAACCAACAAUCUACAAGGUCCAAUUCCAGAUUCUCUUGGCAACCUUUCCAAUUUAGAGGUGCUGUACAUGCAGGAAAACUAUUUAACAGGUGCCAUUCCUCCAAGUUUUGGAAAUUUAAAACACCUGACCACGAUAUACUUGUACAACAAUCAACUUUCUGGUUCUCUCCCUUCAGAAAUAGGAAAUUUGAAGUCUCUAGUGGAAUUAUGCAUUGAUAAUAACAAUCUAUCUGGUCCAAUCCCUUCAUCAUUAGGUGAUCUAACAAACCUUACCCUUCUCUAUCUCUUUAAAAAUAAUCUUUCCGGAACAAUUCCAAAAGAGAUAGGGAAUUUGAAAUCUAUUGUGGAUCUAGAGUUGAGCCAGAAUCAACUCAAUGGUUCCAUCCCCACUUCACUUGGUGACUUGAGCAACCUAGAAAAGUUAUUCCUAAGCGCUAACAAACUUUCUGGCUCCAUCCCCCAAGAGCGAUGGAGAAUCUCAUGA